AUGGCCUUGAAAACAGUUAUCUGCAUUGGUAUGGCUGGUUCUGGUAAAACCACAUUUAUGCAAAGAUUAAAUUCCCAUAUCCGUAGCAACAAAAAAAAGACCCCAUAUGUUAUAAAUCUAGAUCCAGCAGUAUUAAAGAUUCCAUAUGGUGCUAAUAUUGAUAUUCGUGAUUCCAUUAAAUAUAAAAAAGUGAUGGAAAAUUACGAAUUAGGACCAAAUGGUGCUAUUGUUACUUCAUUAAAUUUAUUCAGUACAAAGAUUGAUCAAGUAAUUAAAUUGGUAGAAAAUAAAAAAGAUAAAUAUGAUCAUUGUAUUAUUGAUACACCAGGCCAAAUUGAAUGUUUUGUUUGGAGUGCUAGUGGUUCUAUCAUAACAGAAUCAUUUGCUUCUACUUUUCCCACUGUCGUUGCAUAUAUUGUUGAUACUCCACGUAAUAGUAACCCGACUACUUUUAUGAGUAAUAUGUUAUAUGCUUGUUCAAUUUUAUAUAAGACUAAAUUGCCAAUGGUUGUUGUAUUCAAUAAGACUGAUGUCAAGAAUGCUGAUUUUGCUAAAGAAUGGAUGACCGAUUUUGAAAGUUUCCAACAAGCAAUUCAAGAAGAUCAAAAUGGUGAUGAGUUUGGUAUGGGUAGUGGUUAUAUGGGUUCAUUAAUUAAUUCUAUGAGUUUAAUGUUGGAAGAAUUUUAUUCUCAAUUAGACAUAUGUGGCGUCUCCAGUUAUACUGGUCGAGGUUUUGAUGAAUUUUUAGACAUUGUUGAUAAGAAGGUUUUAGAAUAUGAAGAUUUCUAUAAGACUGAAAGAGAAAGAAUAUUGAAAGAAAAGGAAGAGAAAGAGAAAGAAAGAAAAGAAAAAUCAUUAAAUGGAUUAAUGAAGGAUUUAAAGAUAGAUAAUAAUAGAACUGGCACUAAAGAAGAUAACGAAGAGGCAGAAGUUGUAAGUGAUAUUGAAGAAGGUGAUUAUGACGGAUUAGUGGAUCGUGAUGAAGAUGAAGGUAUUGAGAGAGAAUAUACAUUUGCUGCUGAAGAUAGAUUGAGUGGUGAAAUAAAUGACGGAACAGCUGAUUUACAAAAGAGAUACCAACAAGCAUUCGAAAAGACAGGUAAAAAAGCUAGUAGUGAAACAGCAGAAAAUAUUGCUAAAUAUAUUAGAAACUAG